GCCGCGCGCGCCGGGAGUGUUUCAGUCCGGACCCCGGCUCAUUGUGCUCGCCUCACGCCGGCCCGAGUUCGCAGCAGCGCUGGGGGCCCCGGGCCUGUGAGCACAAAGAGGGAGCCGGGGGCCGGACGGGAGCGCGGAGGCGGCAGCUGAGGCCCAGGCCAGGCCCCUCCCUUCAGCCUCCCGCCCGCCCGUCUGCCCCACCCCCGCCGGCGGCGCCGCGCCCCUCCCCCAAGCGCCAGACUAGCGCGGUGCGGGGGCCGCGCGCGAAGACAUGAGGGAGAAGCUGGAGCUGAGGCUGGAGUCGCUCUUGGGGACCGAGCCCGCUGUCUACCCGUGGCCGCUGCCGGUCUACGAGGAAAAGAGACGUAGAGUUACAUCCAGAGAACGGGUUGCUGGACCGCUCCCUGCAGAAGAACCGGGAAGAGUAAGACCAGGAACACACGUGGAAGAAGAAGAAAGAGAUGAUAAAGUCAAGUCUGGUCACCCCCAGGUUCUGACAGAAAUAAAGUUUCCAGAAGUUGUGUUCCUGCAAUAAGAAAUAAAGAUGUGACCUUCCAGUUGUGUAAAGCUCUUAGACGCUGUGUAAGUGCGUCAGGUGCGCUAAGGAACCUGGAGCUAAGUGGGCUGGUUGUGAGAGAGAGAGACGUAACUAUGUUAACAAAGGAAAACCUGGAGGAGUGCCUAAAGCAGUUAAAGGAGGAAAGAGUAAUAAGACUGAAGGCUGAUAAACGAGUCAGUGAGCUGGAACAUGAAAAUGCCCACUUAAGAAAUAUGAAUUUCUCUUCGUCUGAAGCCCUUCAUGCCCACUCAUUGACAAGCAUGAUCCUGGAUGAUGCAGGUGUUUUGGGCAGCAUUGAGAAUUCUUUUCAGAAGUUCCAUGCUUUCUUGGAUCUCCUUAAAGAUGCUGGGCUUGGGCAGCUGGCCACAAUGGCUGGUAUAGAUCAGUCAGAUUUUCAUUUACUAGGUCGUCCCCAGAUGAAUUCUACUGUUAGUAGUCCACGUAAAGAAGAAAAGAAGGCACUUGAAGAAGAAAAAUCAGAAUCAAAACAGGGUGCCCUAGGACAAAUGAAAAAUAUCCAGUUUCAGAAAAUUACAGGUGAUGCUAGGAUUCCUUUGCCUUUCGACUCCUUCCAUGUCCCAGUGUCUACUCAGGAGGCCUUAGAAACUUCCAAAGACAACCUGGGGGUCCCAGUCACAGAGCAGCGGCAGGAGUCUUUUGAAGAGUUCAUUGCUAGAACAUGUUCUCCUUCAGCAGAAAUCAUUUCUGGAACUGAAAGUCAAAGCAAAGAAGAGGAAUUAUCUAGAAAUAGCAGGUCGUCUUCAGAGAGAAUGAGCAAAGCACGUGAAUAUACCAAAAAAUUCUCUGCUAGGAGACAACCUGGGAAGGACCUGCAUUCCUGCUCUGACUCACCUGUAAAGCAUAAAAGCAAAGGAAUUGGGCAAAAUAAUUCUUUGGUUAAUAAACCAAUUAAAAGUGAGUCUUCAAAAAAACACAUUUCUGUUAAAGAGAGUAGAAUAGUGACUGUUUCAUCAAAGACAACUAAAAGUAAACUCAAUCUACUAGAACAUUCUGAAGGUGAUACUCCUGGAUCUGAUUGUGAAUUUCAAGAAAGCAUCCAUACUCUAUCACGCCUAACAUAGGUCUAAAUCAUUUAAAAUUAUGUUUUUGCCUUCAAAUUUUAAUAAGUUACUUACGUUUUUAUUAUAGUAUAUGGUGGUUUCAGUUACUUGACUGGAAGCCAUUAGAGAAAGAUUUAUCUAUACUUUUUUAUUAUAAUGAAAGUUUUGGUGUACUUUUCCUUGUGACACUUUGCACCAUUCAUUCAGCUAGUGUUUACUGAGGGCUUCAUAUGUACAGUACUUUUCUGGGUGCUAUUGCUUUCAGCAGUGAACAAAAUAAAGCCUUUACUCUCCUGGAA